AUUACUGCACGUGUGGACAAAGUGAAAGCAGAUUGCUGGAUGUUUCUUUGCGAGAGAACUCGUUAUGCCAGCAAAGUCAAAGACUCCAAAGCCGGAAUGGCAGCAAUGCGUUCGUUGUUUGUGUAUCAUAAACACAAAGGAUUUAUCAAAACACUCGAAAGGGUGCCAGAAUACAAAGGAGAAGGACCAGUUUCAGCAUGGUUAUAUUUGGAAUGACACCUUGUAUGGAGUUAUUUCCCCUUAUAAUUCGGUGGAUGGACCAAGUCUGCCUAGUCAGCUACAAGAUGAUGUAAUCUUACUGAAUGUCAGUUCUAUGAUGAUGUGUGGCCUUUCAAUUGGAAAGCCAUGUAUUGUUGAUGAGCAGUAUGUGAGGAUAGCAUGGCCCUCAGCUUCAGUAGCACCCGGAUCUAUACAAGUCCCUGUAACCACCCUGAAGAUGUUAGGGAGACAGUCAGGAGAACUGGCCUCGGUCACUGCUAUACAAUCUACACCACUAUUGGCUGCACAUCUGAUAUUGUCACCAAGAGAAUGGAAUGAUAUUUAUGGAGAUGAUCAAUUUGAGAAAUACCUCAAGAACCGUAUGUGUGGAAGAUUCCUGACUCUUGGAAAUGAUGUAAGUUUGUCUUAUUAUGGACAAAAAUGUGAGCUUCAAGUGACAGAGAUCAGUCAGUGGACUGGAAGUGAGAAGAAAGUCCAUAUACCAUGUCAUAGAGACAUUAAGGAAAGCCGACUACAAGACCUAACUAUGGACUUAUCACAGCUUGAUCUGUCUAGUGACUCCAGUCUCUCUUUUCUUGACAAAUCUAACACAAAUGUUCCGUCUACACCACUGAAGGGCUCAGACAGCAGUAGCUUCAGUACUGACAGUGUUUGUUCUCCAUCCUCUUCAAGUACUCCAGAUGUAAAAAAUGGGUCACUGAUCGAGGCAAACUUUCAGACACCUCAAAAGAUAACAACUUCAGGCACUAUGGAAAAUGUUCAUAAAACAUUCUAUAAAGUGACUUCAAAUACAAAGGUGGUCAUUUCUAAACCAAUCACUGAUGAAGUGACGGAGUCGCGGAAGAAGAAAUCUGUUACAUUUGAUUUGAUUGGAGGCUUGUCAAAGCAGAUACAAUCUUUGAAGGAGAUGAUAAACCUACCCCUACAGUCCCCAGAAGUGUUCAGUGCAUAUGGGCUGCCUUUGCCUCGAGGUGUCCUGGUGUUUGGUCCUUCUGGCACAGGGAAGACCAUGUUGCUGAAGGCAGUGGCCAAUCAGACAGGAGUGAAUGUCAUUGAGAUCAGUUCAUCAGACAUUAUUAGCAAAUUUUAUGGAGAAUCUGAGGGAAAGCUCAGAAAUGUGUUCAAAGAGGCUGAGGAAAGGGCACCAAGCAUAAUUAUCAUGGAUGACGUUGAUUCUCUGUUUCCACGGAGAGAUAGCUCACAGAACGAGUCUCAGAAACGCCUGGUGGCCACUCUUCUUACUCUGAUGGAUGGAAUAGACACGGCCAGUCAGCGGUUUGUGACGGUGAUUGCUGCCUGCUGUAAACCUGACUCCCUGGAUCCUGCUAUUAGAAGGCCAGGGCGGAUUGACAGGGAGAUAGAGAUUGGUGUUCCCACGGCAGCAGACAGACUGGAGAUAUUACAGCGUCUGAUUUCUACCGUGCCCCAUUCCCUCAGCGAUACAGAUGUGGCGGAGGUGGCCGACACAGCACAUGGCUAUGUAGGAGCAGAUCUGGCGUAUGUUUGUCAGCAAGCCAGUGUCAAUGCUGUGAAGCGAUACCUUCAGGACCACGAGGACCUACAAACAAUGUCUAGUCCAGUUAUAACAAGGAAGGAUAUGGCUCUUGCUAUGACCACUGUGCAGCCUAGUGCAAUGAGGGAGGUUCAGCUAGAAAUCCCCAAGGUGCUAUGGAGUGAUAUUGGGGGUCAGGAGGAGGUCAAGUUGAAGCUGAAGCAGGCGGUGGAGUGGCCUUUGAAACAUCCUGAGGCCUUUGUCCGGAUGGGCAUCAAGCCUCCCAGAGGAGUCCUCAUGUAUGGUCCUCCGGGCUGCUCAAAAACCAUGAUCGCCAAGGCUCUGGCCACAGAGAGUGGACUCAACUUCCUGGCUGUCAAGGGUCCUGAGUUGUUCAGUAAAUGGGUCGGUGAGUCAGAGAGGGCUGUCAGAGAAGUGUUCAGAAAAGCCAGAUCUGCUGCACCGUCUAUAGUCUUCUUUGACGAGAUUGAUGCUCUUGCUGUUGAAAGAGGAAGUUCCUCAGGAGGUGGCAAUGUUGGUGACCGUGUGCUGGCCCAGCUAUUGACAGAGAUAGAUGGUGUCGAGGGUCUACAAGAUGUCACUGUGAUCGCAGCCACCAACCGUCCUGACAUGAUAGACAAGGCCCUGAUGCGCCCUGGUAGACUGGACAGGAUCCUGUAUGUGCCACUACCAGAUGCGGAUACGAGGCAGGAAAUCUUCAGAAUCAACUUGGCGAAGAUGCCAGUUGACAAGGAAGUAGAGGUGGAAUCUCUAGUGAGGAGGACUGCAGAUUACUCGGGUGCUGAGGUAUCUGCAGUGUGUCACGAGGCGGCCAUGUUUGCCCUACAAGAAGACAUUAACAGCCAGACUGUACAUAAACGUAACUUUGAUGCAGCUCUUACAGUUAUCAAACCUAGGAUUAGUGCUGAACUUAUGGAAUAUUACAAAAACUAUCAACUUGAAACAGGCAUACAAAAAAUGUAAUUUAUAUGAAUAAGGUGAAUAAAACUUAUAAAAAACAUAA